CACGUGAUAUCUGCACGGUUGCAGGCCGCGACAGGGGCAGACGGUUUUCGCGGAACACUCCGCGAGAACCGCCCGAGGGGAGACGUCAUUCCGGCUCCAACGAGUCUCUGGCGUUCGUCAAGAUGUUCCGGACUUUUCAGGCUGAGCUGGACGACCGCUACGAUCGCUCAGAGCGCCUGGCGAGACUGGGACGUGACGUCACCACCGAAAGCAGACGCAUCGUUACUUUGCUGAAUCGCGCGGCGAGCAAUGACAAACGGGACGAGGUUCUAGUGGAGGCCCACCGCAGGCUGUGCGAGUUGAACGAUUCGGCACUCCGCGACAUGGGUGCCGACUUGAAGGGGCAGGACUACUACAUGUACUUGCGCUCCAUCACAGUGGGCCUUCAAGAGUACGUGAGAGCGGUGUCAUUCUUUCACUACCUGAAAGAUGGUCGCUUGGUAACCUUGGAUGAGAUCAACAAGGCUCUGGUCUUUGAGAUGCAAGCUGAGGAACCGGAGAGCGACAUGGCCGCCCGCAGUGAACCUACAGCGUCGCCCGAUGGGUCUCCCGAAGGCAACACACACUUUUCGCUGGAGAUCGCGCCCAUGGAGUACCUGUACGGCGUCGCCGACAUGGCGGGGGAACUGAGACGCAUCUCCGUCGGCGCGCUCGGACGAGGAGACCUGGAGGAAGCGGGCGCGAUAUGCCGCUUUCUGCGGGACCUGUACACCGCGUUCGUUUCUUGCGGCUUCGUGGCCGUCCAGGGCACGUGGCGAAGUCGCGACUCGGGCCACAGGACGUGGGCGCUGCUCCAGAGCGUGCUCGAAGUCGAGAAGACCUGCUACGCCGUCAAGCUCCACGGCUCGGAGGCUCCAAGCACCGCUGUCGCUGCUCCUCCCAUUGACGGAGGAGGUGGUUGAAUGACGCGACACGUAUACAUACCUAAACUUGCCACCUGUGGUGAGCGGCAUUUGGCUUGCUCCGAUUGUCUCUCUUUUUUUUUCUUCACCUGUUUAACGGUUGCUUGUUUUGGGUGCACAAAAAUACAGUUCUUUCUCAGCUGAGAAGGUGGCAAUAAAGAGUUCCGUGGC